ACGCACGAGUUUGCCCUUCUCCUUCUCUCUGUUCUGUCUUGAUAUUAUAGCUUGGGCCGGUGGGACAGAGAGUGACAGACUGAGACUCAGAGGAGCUCGCGGGGACAAAAAAUGUUCCAACCAACAGACGGCGGUUACACAAACGGCUACCACCACGACGGCGCCGCCUCCUCCGCCGGAAUCUCAAGCGGUCAUCGAGUACGUAGGGGCAGCCGCCGCAGGUCACGUGGCCGUAGAGGCGGCGUUACUUGUAGCGACGGUGCUCCUAGGGUUUCUCAAUGGCAACAACAUCAACAGCAUCAGCAGAACGAAUACGAGGAGGAGGAAAGGGAAAAACCUACACCUCCUUGUACAGAGUUUGAUGCGGCAUAUUUCAACUCAUAUGCUCAUGUUGGCAUUCACGAAGAAAUGAUUAAGGAUCGUGCGCGGACUGAAAGUUAUAGGAAUGCAAUUUUUCAGCAUCAAAACUACAUCGCUGGAAAAGUUGUUGUUGAUGUUGGAUGUGGCACUGGCAUCCUAUCUAUAUUUUGUGCUCAGGCAGGAGCAAGACGAGUCUAUGCUGUUGAUGCAAGUGAUAUAGCUGUCCAGGCAAAUGAAAUUGUGAAGACAAACAACCUAUCUGACAAAGUUAUUGUUUUGCAUGGGCGGGUCGAGGAUGUUGAAAUUGAUGAAGAAGUUGAUGUUAUAGUAUCAGAAUGGAUGGGUUACAUGCUUCUUUAUGAGAGCAUGCUGGGGAGUGUUAUUACUGCUAGAGACCGCUGGCUGAAACCCGGAGGCCUUAUUCUUCCGUCAGUUGCAACGCUCUAUAUGGCGCCUGUGACACAUCCAGAUCGGUAUGGCGAAAGCGUUGAUUUCUGGCGUAACGUUUAUGGGAUUGACAUGUCUGCUAUAAUGCCGUUAGCAAAGCAGUGUGCAUUUGAAGAGCCAUCAGUGGAGACAAUCACUGUUGAAAAUGUUUUGACAUGGCCACAAGUGGCGAAGCAUGUGGACUGCUAUACAGUGACAAUUCAGGAAUUAGAGUCCAUAACUACCAGAUUUAAAUUUGAGUCAAUGAUGCGAGCACCCUUUCAUGGUUUUGCUUUCUGGUUCGAUGUGGAGUUUACUGGCCCCGCAGUAUUACCUUUGAACAAUGGUGUGCCACCGUCAUUUGUCGAGUCUUCAAACAGUUACAUCUCGGAGGGCAAUCACAGAAAGAAACGUCCCAAUCCUAGUGAAGCGCUUGUCUUGUCAACUGCACCAGAGGAUCCCCCAACACACUGGCAACAGACAUUGGUUUACUUCUAUGAACCCUUGGAUGUAGAGCAAGAUCAAGUUAUUGAAGGCUCUCUAACACUGUCGCAAAGCAAAGAAAAUGCUCGUUUCAUGAACAUCCAUCUUGAAUAUUCAUCUGGCGGACGUUCAUUUGUCAAAGAGUCAGUCAUGCGAUAAACCUACAUAUGGCUCUCUGUUGUUUGACUAGCGAGUCUUCAUGAAGUGAAGUCGUUUGUACCUUCUCAGCCAUUAUGGUGCUACAUAUGGCUCUCUGUGGUUUGACUAGCGAGUCUUCAUGAAGUGAAGUCGUUUGUACCUUCUCAGCCAUUAUGGUGCUGAUAUCAGCCACUAUGGUGCUCAUACAUAGUUUCUGAUUAUUCUACUUGUACUAUAGGUAAGGAAACUAAGUUGAGAUCGGGGCAUUUCCACUGCCUUUUUAACUUAAAAGCAUUGAAUGGGAGAACUUCAUAACAUAUGCAUAUAGGUGUAUUGAGUGAAAACUUGUCGUAACAUGUCGCUAGAAUAUGGGUCUUUCUGAGCUGUAAUUUGUAGAGUCGAUGUAGGGUUGGUCUGUUGUUGUGGUAGAAUUUUUGCGUAAGUUAACUUCAUUGGGAUAUCAGAAAGGAAAAAAUGAUAAAAUUAUUUGUUUACA